AUGUCCACUGACUUCCACCCAGAAACUGACGGCCAAACUGAGAGGCUGAAUGCCGUAAUGGAACAAUAUCUACGUGGGUAUGUCUCUUAUCAACAGGAUGAUUGGAUAAAAUGGCUCCCUAUGGCAGAAAUAUCCGCCAACAAUCAGGCCUCCACAUCCACCAAAGCUACACUAUUCUUCGCGAACUAUGGUUUCCACCCUCGGUUUACAGUGACGAUCAAAUCGCUUGACAGGACCCCACCAAGCCUCAAUGCUAAAGACUUCACCUCGAAGAUGAAAGAACUCCACGAACACCUACGUUCCAAUAUCCGCAGGGCGCAAGACCAACAAGAGCAGGCCGUUAAUACCAAACGAACGCCGGCUCCGGGGUACAAUAUCGGCAAUAUGGUGUUUCUUUCAGCAAAAAACAUCCGAACCACCCGUAACUCUCGGAAGUUGGACUGGAAGAAACUGGGACCAUUCCCCGUCAAAGAAAUCAUAUCGCCAUAUGCGUACCGAAUCGACCUAUCUAGAAGUAUGAAAGUGCACCCCGUCUUCCAUUUUCAUGGAUCGACUAGUGAAUAUACUGGAAUACGAGGAGUUGGAUUAGUCAGAAAGAUUCUAUUUGGUUCUAUCGGGUUCUGUGGGUCGUAA